GGGGGAGGCUGGGAGAGUGCUUGUUGUCGAUGUGUUGCCGGUGGGGGCGUCUUGGAAGAAUAUUUGGGGGUCUAUAAAGUCGUGCCGCCGCCGCGAUGACCGCUACACUCAAGAUGAUGAUGAUGGACUUCAUGGAGGACAAGUUCGGCCUGAAGAACCAGGCCAUGAAGGCCGCGGACUACUUCAUGGAGCCGGCUAUCGAGAGCCUGGACGGCGGCGUGUACUUCGCCAAGUCUCCCCCGAAAUGCGCACAGGCCUUCGGCGAACACCGCGCCUCGCCCCAGCACGCCGGCUACGGCCCGGCCAAGGCGGAAGAGUUGGCCGGCCCGGCGGCGUCAUGUUGCCGCGGCGACGAGGCGGACGAGGCGGCGGGCAAGGGCGACGACAAGGUGACCAGCAGCAAAAAGCGACGGCACCGGACCACCUUCAGCAGCGCGCAGCUGGACGAGCUGGAGAAGGUCUUCCAGAAGACGCACUACCCGGACGUGUACGUGCGCGAGCAGCUGGCCACCAGGACCGAGCUGACGGAGGCCAGGGUGCAGGUGUGGUUUCAGAACAGAAGAGCCAAGUGGAGGAAGCGGGAACGUUACGGACAAAUCCAGCAAGCCAAAAGUCACUUUGCCUCCGCCUAUGACUUAUCUGUGCUGCCUCGCAACGACAGCUACGCGCAGCUUCCAAACAACUUGUGGUCAGGCCCGCCUCCGUCCGGUUCCGUGGUGUCCCCCUGCAUGCUGCCCCGAGGCUCGCCACCCUGCGUGGCCUCCUACUCCCCGCGCUCGGCCUCCUCCGCCGCCGGGGACCACGGCCACGGCUACUUCCCCAACCAGCAGAACCAGUUUGGUCACGUCUCCCUCAACAACUUCUGCAGCGACCCGCUUCUCUCGCCGGCAGCCAACGGCCACCACGCAUUCGAGACCAAGCCCGAGUUCGAGAGACGUUCGUCCAGCAUCGCUGUGCUGCGCAUGAAGGCCAAGGAGCACGCCGCCAACAUCUCCUGGGCCAUGUGAUCUUGCUUCUAGAACCAAAGAAACUUUCACCCGCUUCAAGAACCAAAGAAACACUUUUGAGGCUCAGGAGUGAGACAGACUCCAGUUAAUGCACUAAAAACACUCUGUUGCCAUCUACUGGGAACAUGUGUAUUUGGACCCGUGGUCACAUGCUCACCCGCUUCUAGGACCAAAGAAACUCUGACCAGCUUCUAGAGCCCAAAAAUACUUUUGAGGCUCACAAGUAGUUUUGAGGCAAUAAAAACACGCUGCCGGUGUUUGGGGGCAUAUGUGAUACCACAAGUUGGACAUGCUGAUCUGCUUUAAGAAACAAGCAAAUGCUGACCCGCUUUUUGAGCACAAGAAACUUUGACCCACUUUGAGAACCAAAAAAACACAUUUGAGGCUCUAGAGUGAGGCUGACUCCAGAUAAUGCACAUGAAGGCAAUUGUUGUGAGCUCACGCUUGGACGUUUGGAGAUAGCCUUGUGCUUUUGUGGUUACAUGCUUACUGUCCUCUAGAACCAAAGACAUUUUGACCCACUUCUGGACCCAAAGAACCCCUUUCUUUAGAGGCUCUGGAGUGAUAUGGACUCAACGCACAUGAAUGCAACAAAAACAAUGCUCGGGCUCAAGAAACACGUCUUGUGUUUCCAUGGUCACCUGCUGAUCCACUUCUAGAACCAAAGAAACUCUGACCCACUUCUAGUGCAAAAAAAAACAAAACGCUCAGGAGUGGAGUCUAGUUACUGCAAAUAAAUGCAAUAAAAAACACGCUAUUGUGAUGGCAUGUUUGGACUCAGGAAAUGCACCCUCAUGGUCACACAUGCUGACUGGCUUCUUAAACCAAAGAAACUGACACGCUUCUAGAACACCCCCCCCCCCCCCCCCCCCCCCCACACCAAAAAAGACAGUAAAAAACACUUGCACAGUUCUGGAACGGAAAAAAAAACUGUGGCCCUCUUCUGGAACCAAAAAAGACCCCCAAUUCUAAAACUAAAAAAUCCACUGCCCUGCUUCUGGAAUCAAAAUCCACUGACCCUCUUAUGGAACAAAAAAAAAAGAAUGAGCCUCUUCUGGAACCAAAAAACACUGCGCAAUUUGUAGAACAACAACAAGAAAAAACUAAACAAAACGAAACACUGACCCACUUCUGGAACCAAAAAGACACCCAGAAAAAACAAGCACAAAACCACUACCCUCGUUCUGGAACCCCAAAACCACUGACGUGCUUCAGGAACAAAACAAAACAAAAGGAACUACAAAAAAAAAACGCUUUUGAAACAAAAAAAGAAAAGAAAAACAACACUAACCAAUUUCUAGAACAAAAUCAACAACAUAAACACUACCACUCUGCUCUGCUAGCAGAAUUUAAAGAAACACUAACUCACUUUAGGAACUCCAACAAUUGUACCACACUUCUAGAACCAAACGAAUGCUUCUAGAACCCAGUUAACAAGGACAGAUCACAACUACUACAGUUGCUAACCAAGUUCAGCUAAUUAGCAUAGCAACGUGAUUGACUUUGCGGCGCCUUUUUCCCGCAUUGUGGCCCGCUCCGAGGUUCAGUUCUGUGUCAGUCGCUACUUAGAACUCUGAAUGUGUGAUGUUUAUAUUCAUGUGCCAAUGAAGUGAAAUAAAUCCCAAUCACGUCA